UCAUGCAGUGUUGGCAGCAGCCGACAUGAAUGACAAAUAAAGGAGAUAUUCGCGAUAUUCGAGCGAACAACACAAGCACCAAGCGCAGAGGAUUGUGUAGAAAUCUAUCGGACUUGAAUCAAGCCACGCAUAACGUCGCCUCGGAUCCGAUGGACCUCCCUCGCCGUUGUUAGAAAACACGCAAACGGAUUACACAAUCAAACAUUGGUGAAUUUUGUGAAUGUAAUAGAUUGAAGUGUUAAAGCGUUUGUUUUGUCAGGGGAGACCUGAAAAACUUCCACAAUGGCUUUGGUCAUGGAGCCUGUGAGCAAGUGGAGUUCGAGUCAAGUGGUGGACUGGAUGAAAGGGCUGGAUGACUGUCUGCAGCAGUACAUUAAGACGUUUGAGAGGGAGAAGGUGGGGGGAGAUCAGCUGCUUCGUAUCACUCACCAGGAGCUGGAGGACCUGGGAGUGUCCCGUAUUGGACACCAGGAGCUCAUCCUGGAGGCUGUGGAUCUACUCUGUGCUCUGAACUACGGUUUGGAGACAGAGAAUCUGAAGACUCUAUCCCAUAAGCUUAAUGCCUCAGCCAAGAACCUGCAGAACUUCAUCACAGGGCGGCGUCGCAGUGGUCACUAUGACGGCCGUGCCGCCCGCAAGCUGCCCAAUGACUUCCUCACCUCUGUGGUGGACCUCAUCGCUGCAGCCAAGAGCCUGCUGGCAUGGCUGGAUAGGUGCUACUUCUUUUUCAGGUCUCCGUUCGCAGCAGUGGCAGACUACUCCAUGACAAGAAACAAUGUGAUUCAGCUGUGUCUAGAGCUCACCACGAUUGUACAGCAGGACUGUUCUGUGUAUGAGACCGAAAAUAAGAUUCUGCAUGUGUGUAAGACUCUAUCUGGAGUGUGUGAUCACAUCAUCUCUCUGUCCUCUGACCCGAUGGUGUCUCAGUCAGCCCAUUUGGAGGUAGUUCAGCUGGCCAACAUCAAGUCUACUGAGGGACUGGGCAUGUACAUCAAAUCCACAUAUGACGGCCUGCAUGUCAUCACUGGAACUACAGAGGGAUCUCUGGCUGACCGCUGUAAGAAAAUCCACGCAGGCGAUGAAGUCAUCCAGGUCAAUCAUCAGACAGUGGUGGGCUGGCAGUUGAAGAACUUGGUAAAUUCUUUGCGCGGGGAUCCCGGGGGUGUUAUGCUGACUCUGAAGAAGCGCCCACAGAGUACACUCACAUCCACCCCAGCACUACUGAAGAACAUGAGAUGGAAACCCUUAGCCCUGCAACCCAUCAUCCCUCAGAGCCCCAGCAGCAGUGUGGCCACGCCCACCAGUACCCUGAGCACCCAGUCCAGGAGAGACAGCUGUGCUCUGCAGGACCUCUUCAUCCCCCCACCCCCUGAUGAACCAUACACCCCCAGAGAUGACAAGGGGAAUCUACCAGGUGACGAUGACCUCCAAGCUGAAGUCCCGGUAGCCAAGGGCUCUGAGUCCCCCAACUCCUUCCUGGACCAGGAGUGUCGCCGACGUUUUCCUCUGGUGGAGGAGGAUGCCGUUCUCUACUGCUACGAGUACGACCAGAACCAUGGACCUCCACCUGCCCGCAGAGACAGCACCCCCACUUAUGGCAGGCUUAGGCCCAUCUCCAUGCCAGUGGAAUAUAACUGGGUGGGAGACUAUGAAGACUCGGCCAAGCUGAAAAGAGAGAGCAGGAGAGAAAACUCCUUGCUGCGCUAUGUGAGUCAGAGUGAGGACAAGGCCAUGCCAGAGGAGUACCUGACAGGACGCAGCAGGAAGAAGAGUGACAAAAGCAGCCCUGCCCAUUACGCCCUCCACCCAGCCCUCCAGAUGGAGGUCUCCAUGUCCACAUCCAGCUCUGACUCUGCCUCCCUCUACCAUAUGUUUGAACGAUCCUCGCUGCUCUCAAGGUCUAAGAAGAAAAGUAAAGUAGGUGGCUCUCUGUCCUCCAUCAGUAAGAGGCGUAUCUCCUGUAAGGACCUGGGACGUGGGGACUGUGAGGGCUGGCUGUGGAAGAAGAAGGAUGCUAAAAGUUAUUUCUCCCAGAAGUGGAAAAAGUACUGGUUCAUCCUGAAAGAUACCUGCCUGUACUGGUACAUGAAUGAGGAGGAUGAAAAGGCAGAGGGCUUUGUAAGUCUCCCUGAAUUCAAGAUUGAUCGUGCAUCUGAGUGCCGUAGGAAGUAUGCUUUCAAGGCCUGCCAUCCAAAGAUCAAGAGUUUCUACUUUGCAGCAGACAAUGUGGAUGACAUGAAUAGGUGGCUGAGUCGUUUGACCAUGGCAGUGGCAGGUUACUCGGAGCAGGAGAGGAUCCGACAGGACCAAGACUACUGGAGUGAAAGUGAUCAUGAGGACACGGAGAUGCCGUCAACCAUACCCAAACAGGACAGCCCUCCACCCCCCUAUGACAGCUACCCCAGGCCCCCUUCGGUGUCCCAGAUGAGUCCAUACCUGGAGCCCAAACACGGCCGCCUCUCCUCUGAAACCUUCCAGUCACACUCCUCUCAUGAGGAGUUCCACCCCGAGCCACAGGAGGGUAGCGGGAGUGGCUCCCCUGGUCAGAAGUCUUCCAGCCAACGGCGUUCGUGGCAAGACUUGAUUGAGACUCCCCUGGGCAGCACGGGGCUCCACUACCUGCAGACCCUGCCCCUGGAGGAGGCCCUGCUGCGUUCCCCUGGAGGAGGUGGCCUUUCUGUGGAGUACCGCCGCCAGUCAACCCUCCCUGCUCAGCGCAGCCUGAUGCAGGAGCACUAUGGCCCACUGCCCCUGCAACUCAGCCCCAGUGUCCUUGUAGAGGCUGGGGGGAAACCCCGUAGCUUCACCCUUCCCCGAGACAGUGGGCUCCAUGCCAUCCUCUCAGCCUCGGCCAGCGCCUCUGACCACACGGACCACCACCGCUACCAGCUGGCCAGAGACACAGGCUGCGAGCGGGAGGGACGUCCUCAGGCUGACUCUUUGGGGGACCUGUACCGGGCCCUGGAGAGGGCCAACCUGUCCUCCAUAGGCGAUCACCGGCCCUCCUCACGUCUGGAGUACAAACGCUCCUUCGUCCGCCGCGUCAACGACCCACUGCUCAGUGAAAAGCUGCACCGUCUCCGCAUCCUACAGAGUGCUCUCAAGAAUGUCCCUCUUCAGGACUCUGACCCAUCGUUGGGUUUUUUAGGAUAGCCUAUGUGGAACAGACCAUGGACACAGCAGCGCCAUUACAUCCUGCCAGGGGAUGUGCCCUUACUGCCCCACCCCAGACAUCCCCUCAUCCCUGGAAGACAACCAUAACAACCAGUGUUACAUACCUCUCUUUCUCUCCCUCUUUCUCUCUCACGCACUCACUCAAUCUCACUCUCUCUGCAUGCCCACAUCUGCUUCUAAGGACCUUUCCUCAUGCAAAAUCAUUUGUUCAGUGAGCAAAAUAACCAUAACAUAUUAAAUAGAUGGGAUGACUAAUUAUCCAAGUUUGCAUCAUGAAAUGCGUGCAAUGCAUGUUCACACUAUUUACUUAAACUCUGGUUCAAUAAUAGUCUUCUUCUCAUUGACAUUGUUAAUCCUUUGACGCGUACAAUCACAUAUUUUUGUGAUCAUUGUUGAGUGGUCCCUGCAGCGUGCGAUCUCAAAUACGUGAUUGGAACAGUAGUAACAGAAUGUAUGAUGCAACAAACGUGUCUAAACACCAUUGUUGUCUGAACAGCAUCUAAAUACUUUCGGUGUAUUGAUGGAAAAUAAAGUUCUUAAACUUUAUUCCUCAAUUUUAUAUUUUAUUGUAAAAGAUAAAUGCGAACUUCAUCAUCCAAGCAUCACACGGAACACAUCCACAGCCAAACUCAUUCCAUAAACCAGUCUAAAUAACAGGUUGCGCUGACAAAAAAAUAAAACACAAGUUAGUGACCUAACAGCUAGACUAGUUUACAAUGUACCACAUCUCUAGUGAGCAUGAGACUAACAUAAUGUUGUUUAGAAAAAAUGCGUGUCAGCUAUGCUAACAACAGCUCAAUUCUUUAAGAUGGCAGCCAUGUUGGUUUACGUUUGACAAGCAAAAACUCUCUAAUCCCAGAAUGCUAUUCACUAUAAAACGCAAAUAAACAAAAUCAAAGAUUGCUGCGCUUAUUGCCUGAAAAAUAUUAACUUAGUUUAGCCACUUUUCAGCAUAUUACAAAUUGUUGAUGUACUUGUUACAGUGUAUACAAGAACUGGAGCACAUGACUUGACAAGUCAUUAAAAAUUUCUGACAAAUCACAAAGCAAAUAAAGGUUUUUACCUCACAGAGCAUCACAUCAAAUACAAGCCUACUGCCCAGCCUAACCAUAGUGCAAAACCUAAACAGGGAUGAGAGUAUGUGGGGGGUUCCUUUCAUUUGUGGGGGGUUUUCAAAUCCGUUGGGGGUAGAAAUGGGGGAAGGUAUGUUGUGAGGAUAUGAUGCAGGAAAUACUACUAUGAUGGGGGAUUUAUCAAUAAAUGGGGGGCAAACACAAGAAGGUGAUACGCUAAAUAAAAAUAAACCCCCUGGAAAGAGGGAUCGGAGCUGGUAACCCUGAGGUACCAAAGUUACAAUCUGAUGCCGCGUUCAAGACAACUGGGAACUCAGGAAAAUAUUUUUGAACGGUUAUCCAAUUCGGAAUUCCAACUUAGGAACUCGGGCCUCUUUCUAAAGCUCCAACUUUCUGACCCAAAGAUCAUUGAUGCCAUGAUUUUGCCUAGUUUUUUUUCAGGGUUCACAGUUGUCUUGAAAGCACCAUAAGUCAGUCGAGUUGUUAUAACAUCUUUGGUCUGACAGACGCUAACGUGACAAACAGAAUGUUUACAAACAUGGCACCACACAUAGCCGACAAAUAGCUUAGCAUUAGCUUACCAUAAUCAGUACAACAUUCAAGUACACGCAUUUUACACGCAUCAUAUGUGUCCAUUACAAUCUAUGCAAGAAUCGGAAUACAUUAUUUGUCACCAGUACUUGAAAACAUGUUAAUAAAAGAGUAAACACAUUAUGAUCCAUACAAAUAUCUUGAUCGUGAUGUGUGUUUUGUCCUAUAUUUGUAUUACAUUUAAAUGGAUUUUUAAUCCCAGCCCCCGUCCCCACAGGAGGCCUUUUGCCUUUUGGUAGACUGUCAUUGUCAAUAAGAAUUUGUUCUUAACUGACUUGCCUUGUUAAAUAAAGGUUAAAUAAAACAUAAAUAACAUGAUAUACAGAAAAUAAGCCGCUUACUUCGAUAGGAACGUACACAUGUCCAAAGUCCAAUUUGUAAGACAAAGAACCAUGAAGACAAUGUGGGCCCCAGCCAGAAAAUGUGCUGGGGGAAAACGUUUGUGCAAGGCCUGUUCUGAUGAGAGAUGCGCAAUGUCUUGGGCUCAAGUUGAAGAGAGAAGUUUGUCUGCUCAGUAAAGCCUCAAACAUAAAUUGUCAGCAAGAGUGAAAUGGGCUACUUCUUAUGCAAAUUAACGAGGAGGCGGAACACACCUCAAUCCAAACUUUUGUUAGAAAAUAAAACUUGUUCGAAAAUAUUUAGAAAUUGACAAGUCGAAACAUAGCCUAUUGAUAAUUAGCAGGCAGCGUGCCUUGGUUUGAGGGCAGCGUGGGUAACUGUCCUGUUGUGUAACAAUCACAUUUUGGAACAGUGAGAGCAUUCUGACAUCACGCUCAUGAAAAAACUCACGCAGGGGCGACAGUUAGAGAUAUUGAGGAACUCAAGUAUGAAAGGUUAAAGGAAAGUUACAGCAGAAAUUGCACUGGAGAAUAUAGUGAGGCCAGGAUUCAAUCAGAUCAGCAUAAACCCACGGUAACCGACAAAUGCAUGGCUUAACCUUUUUGGCGCAGGCUUUCCGCUAGCGACCCACCUCGACAACAUCCGGUAAAAUUGCAGAGCGCGAAAUGUAAAUGACAGAAAUAGUAAUAUUUAACUUUCAUGAAAAUACAAGCGUCAUACAUCAAAAUAAAGCGUAACUUCUUGUUAAUGUCAGAUUUCAAAAAGGCUUUACGGCAAAAGCACACGAUGCGAUUAUCUGAGGACAGCGUCCCGAACACAAAUGCAUUAAAAACAUUUUCCAACCAGACAGGUGCGCCACGAAAGUCAGAAAUAGCGCUAAGAUAAAUGCCUUACAUUUGAAGAUCUUCUUCAGUUGGCACUCCAAGUGGUCCUUUUGUUCGAUAAAGUCCCCAAAACUUUAUAUCCCCAAAACUCGCUUCAUUCAAUAAUCCACCGGUUUCCCUCCUUCACAAUGCAUACAAAAUUAAUCCCAAACAUUACCAAUAAACUUCUCCAAACAAGUCAAACAACAACUUAGAAAGACUACACAUUCUAGCUAAUUUUUCUAAAAACAAGCCUGAAACUCUUUCUAAAGACUGUUGACAUCUAGUGGAAGCCCUAAGAACUGCAAUCUGGGAGAUUUUCGCAUCGUAUUAAAAAUGAUAGCUAUUAUAAACAGUGGUAAACUGAGUCUUUUUUUGUUGGGAUGGUUUGUCCUCGGGUUUUCACCUGCCAUAUCAGUUCUGUUAUACUCACAGACAUUAUGUUAACAGUUUUAGAAACUUUAGAGUGUUUUC